UUUUAACUACUAAUUUGCCCCUUUUUUUUUGUUUUUGUUUGGGCUGGAUACAUAACCAACAAGAAUCACAGUCUAUGGACACCAUAGGCAGAAAACUGACCCCAUCACAAUAUACAAGAACUUAAUGGCUUGCAACAAACUUCGCAGUUCUGCAGUGCCUAUGAAUAAUUUUGAAGUUACUGAAUCACAAACUCAUUUAUCACCGAUCACGCACCUUUGGUAUAGGUAAAAUGCAAGGUGGGGCUCCCUCAUUGUGCAGUACUUUGUAAUAAGUAUCUGAAAUGGAACUCAACCACUAAACCAGAUUUCUGUAUCUCUACAAGAAGCUCUUCUGAACUCCUUUGUGUUACCUUGCCCACAAUGGCCUCUGAUUAAUUCAGUAUAUGUUACUAUAUCCGGAUCACAUCCCCUUCUCACCAUUUCAUCAUACAGCUGAAGGGCAUAAUAAAUGUCCUAAUUUAAGCACAUCGGGGAAAACACCUUUCUGUAUCAUCUCAUCGACACACACCUACUACUCACUGAUGGACUCGAGAGAAUUCUCCGUAAUUUAAAUCGUCCAGAUGCACCUCCCCGAGAAGUUGACAAGUCUCCUGGUGUAGUCAGAACUGCUGACUGGCUUCACAAUGAUCAGACAAUAUUAAGUUCCUGUACUGAUAUUGGCAGUGUAAGGUUAUGGGAUGUAAGAAGUGGCAAAAUUGUUCAAACACUAGAGACCCAGUCACUUGUAACUAGCGCCGAAGUGAGACAGGAUGGACGCUAUAUAACCACUGCUGAUGGAUCUACUUUUAAGUUUUGGGAUGCAAAUCAGUGAGUUUUGGUGAAGAGCUACAAUAUGCCCUGCAAUGUUGGGAAUCAGCUUCAUUAGAACCAAAGCUUGGGAAUAGGUUCAUUACUGGGGGAGAAGAUAUGUUGGGUCCAUCCAUGUGUUUAAUUUUCACACUGGCGAGGAGAUGGUACUUUUCUUCAUCACAACAAUGGCUGCAUCCAUGGUUGGUGGAGCUUUCCUCUCAGCUUUUCUCCAGGUUCUGUUUGAUCGGAUGGCUUCCCCUGAGGUUUUAGAUUUCGUUCGCUGCAGAAAACUCAACACCAAUUUGCUCAAGAAGUUGAAGCUCACUCUGCUUUCCAUUUAUCCCGUGCUCAAUGAUGCUGAAGAGAAGCAGAUAACAGAUCCAGCAGUCAAAGAAUGGCUUGAUGAACUUAAAGAUGCAGUCUACAUUGCAGAGGACCUCCUGGAUGAAAUCGCCUUUGAAGCUUCACGGUGCUUGUUGGAAGCUCGAGACGAAGCAGAUUCAAACCAGAAGGAUGUACUCAGUUUGAGAGAAGGUGUUGGUCGAAACCUCAUUACAAGUUUUCCAACGACUUCUCUGGUUGAUGAUUAUUAUGUGUUUGGUAGAGAUGAGGAGAAGGAGGCAAUGAUUAACUUGCUGCUCUCUGAUGAUGCAAGUGACAGGAAUAUAGGUGUGGUUGCUAUCGUGGGCAUGGGUGGUGUUGGCAAGACCACCCUGGCUCAGCUGGCAUACAAUGAUUGUAGAGUGAAUAAUUGUUUUGAAAUCAAAUUCUGGGUAUGUGUUUCACAAGAAUUUGAUAUAUUUAGGAUUACUAAAACAGUGCUCGAGACAAUUUCUCCAGGGAUUGUGGAUAUCAAGGAUCUUAAUCUGCUUCAAGUUAAACUGAAUGAGACUUUGAAAGGGAAGAAAUUUCUUAUUGUUCUCGAUGAUGUUUGGAAUGAGAAUUAUGAUAACUGGGACUCCUUAAGGAAACCUUUCUCAUCUGGAGCUCAAGGAAGUAAGAUCAUCGUGACAACACGAAAUGAAGGUGUUGCAUCAAUGAUGCAAACUAUUCCAACUCGCCAUCUAGAAGAAUUAUCAGAAAGUGAUUCAUGGCUGUUAUUUGUGAAACACGCCUUAGACAACAGAAAUUCAGAAGCAUAUCCGAAUCUUGAAGCAGUUGGCAGGCAAAUAGUCAAGAAGUGCAAAGGCUUGCCUCUAGCUGUGAAGACAUUAGGUGGUCUACUGCGUUCCAAACAAAGUCUCGAGGAAUGGAAUGAGAUUUUUGAAAGCAAUAUCUGGGAUUUGCCAGAUGAUAUAAGCAACAUUCUUCCAGCUCUUAGACUGAGCUAUCUUUUUCUCUCAUCGAAUCUGAAGCAGUGUUUUGCUUACUGUGCUAUAUUCCCCAAGGGCUACGAGUUCAAGAAGGAGGAAUUAAUAUUAAUGUGGAUGGCAGAAGAUCUUUUACAUCGACCUAAAGGAAAGAAGAAGAUGGAAGAUAUAGGGGAUGAGUACUUCAAUCAUCUGACAUCGAGGUCCUUUUUUCAAAAAUCAACUCGAGAUAAAUCUCGAUUCAUUAUGCAUGACCUUAUUCAUGAUUUGGCUAAAUCUGUGUCAGGGGAAUUCUGUCAUAGUUUUGAGAGUGAACCGUCACAUAAAGUUGGCAGGAAGACGAGAUACAAGUCUUUUUCCAGGGAAUAUCAUGAUAAUGAUAAGUUAAAGAAACUUGAGACAUUUUACGAAGCCAAGUACUUACGCACCCUCCUUCUGUCUCCUUCAUUGUUAUAUAAGUGCAGUUCUAUUAAGGUACCUAAUGACUUGUGGCAGAAAUUUCGGUGCCUACGUGUUCUCUCUCUGUCCAAUUGUCACAUAAAAAAGUUGCCUGAUUCAGUUGGAAACCUGAAACAUCUACGAUAUUUUGACCUCUCCGGCACUCUAAUUGAAAGUCUUCCCAGCACAGUCUGUACUUUGUUCAACUUGCAGACAUUAUUAUUGUUAAAUUGCUAUUGCCUCAUUGAGUUGCCAGCUAACAUUGGAAGAUUAAUCAAUUUGCGUCAUCUAUAUAUUAGCAGCACUAAGUUGGAAAAGCUUCCUCUAGAAAUGAAUAAACUGAAAAACCUCCAAACAUUAAGUAAUUUUGUAUUGGGAAAUGGUAUUGGCUUUGGGAUGGGGGACCUAGGAGUUCUUCAGGAUCUCCAUGGAGAACUUACCAUUUCUGGGUUGCAGAAUAUUGUCCAUGUGCAGGAUGCAUCAGUGGCCAAGUUGAAAGAUAAGAAGUACAUUAAGAAGCUGUCUCUGGAAUGGAGUGGUUGUACAAGCGAUUCACAAAUUGCUAGAGAGGUUCUGGACCAGCUUCAGCCUCAUGGAAACCUGCAAGAACUCGUCCUUGCAAAUUAUGGGGGUACGAGAUGUCCAGAUUGGCUGGGAGCUCAGUCAUUACCUAAUUUAGUAUCUCUUUAUCUGUGGGACUGUGAUUUUUGUGUAAUCUUGCCACCACUUGGGCAACUACCUUCCCUCAAAGGACUCCAUAUCAGCGGAUUGAAGAGUGUGGUUUCUGUUGGCCCCGAGUUUUAUGGAAAUUGUUCUUUUAGAAUUCAAUCAUUUCAAUGCCUGGAAAUUUUGGAGUUUUCGUGCAUGGAACAAUGGCAACAUUGGUUCUUUCCUGAUGGAGAACGUGAUAAGGGCGUUUUCCCUCGUCUAAGGGAGCUUUACAUAAAGAGUUGUGGCAACCUCAAAGGAGAUAUUCCCUUAAAUCUUCCAUUAUUGAAAAAGCUUGUAAUUAAUAAAUGUGGGAAGCUUGGGGCCUCACUUCUAACCACUCCAACUAUGUGUGAAUUUGAAAUAUUCCAGCAUGAGAAAUUUCGGCUCCCAAGCAACUGCUGCUACGAAUUCCUCACGGAUUUGACAAUAUGUUGGAGUUUGAAGUCAUUUCCAUUUGACUUGUUUCCCAACCUCGGUAUUCUUGUACUCCGCAGUUGCAAGAAGCUUGAAUCCUUAACGUUUUCGAAGAGCAGCAGUUUCCGUGAACUUAAAUCACUAACGCAUAUAGAAAUAGAAGAGUGCCCCAAUUUUGUUUCUUUUCCUGCUGGGGAAUUGCCUGCUCCCAAUCUGAAAUAUCUUACUCUCAAGAACUGCUGUAAAUUGAAGUCACUGCCUGAAAGAAUGCACAGCCUACCGUCUCUUACCUAUUUGCGGCUAUUGAAUUGCCCGGAUAUUGAUUCAUUUCCAAGAGGAGGCCUUCCCUUCUGUUUGACUUGUAUUACGAUAAAUCAUUGUGACAAACUUGUUGAGCAGCGAAUGAAGUGGAAUUUACAAAGGCUCACCCAUCUCAGGUACUUGAUGAUCUGUUCUAAAUUCGAGGGUCUGGAGUCUUUUCCAGAUGAAGGACUGUUUCCCCCAUAUCUAGAACAUCUCUUUUUAUAUCAGAAUGUCCGAAUCUGAGGAACCUGGAUGGCUUGGUGCUCGGGAAGUUCACAUUUCUUCUACUAUUGCAGAUCGAGUCUUGCCCUGAGAUUCAACGGUUGCCUGAAGAGGGACUACCGACCUCUCUUAGAUCUUUAAUUAUAAAUAAUUGCCCAAAUUUAGAAAAACGGUGCCAUAGAGAGGAGGGUGAAGAUUGGCAAAAGAUUGCUCGCAGACCUGAACUAGAUAUUAUUCGUUAAUAUUUUUGUGUGAUUAUAUAUUUCUUUAUGUUCAACAUGUAUUUACAAGUAGCUUUAGUAAGUCACAAUGUCUCUGUACGGUGGCUUAUAACUUCAAUGAUAUUAUAACCAUUUGGU